CUCCAAAUGACAAUCUCAAGACCAUACACAUACAACACCUGAAGACGCAUCAAUCAUCCGUCACCUAUAGAACGUUCAUGCCCAUAUUUCUCGUCAUAAUCGGCUAUCGUCCUCCAUCGCAUCGUAUACACACCUACCAAUCAAGCACCGGAGCAAUCAACCUUUCCCGUCGAUACGCUCACUGAUCAAUCACUGAGCAUAGCAAUUGACUUUCUCAGCCUCACAGCCUUGCUCUCAGUCCUACAUUUGGACCAACCCAGCCUCGGAGAGUUGACCACUAGGACGGGAGAUAGCUAGACCUGGGCUCUCUAAGCAAAAUGGAGUCAAUUAGCGGAGCUUCGGCAUCUAAAAAGGAUGCACAAAAACCUGCCGCCCCCGGACCCAAUUCUGUUGGCGCAGCUCCUAAGGGGAAGCCGCGCUUAUUACUCAUGGGUCAACGAAGGAGCGGAAAGUCAUCCAUCUCUAGUGUAGUCUUCCACAAGCUGCCCCCGAACGAGACUCUAUUCCUUGAAUCAACGGCUAGAAUUCAAAAGGACUCCAUGGCGUCAUUCAUGGAUUUCCAAGUCUGGGACUUUCCAGGCCAGAUCGACGUCUUUGAGAACCCAGGAUUUGAUAUUGAGGCCAUUUUCAGCGAGAUUGGAGCCCUCAUCUGGGUCAUCGACGCCCAGGAUGACUACCUCGAAGCCGUCAUGCGCCUCAAUACCACGAUCCUUUUUCUUCAGCGAACAUACCCCAACAUCAAUAUUGAGGUCUUCAUCCACAAGGUUGACGGCCUCUCAGAUGACUACAAGCUCGAUAUUCAGCGCGACAUCACCAUCCGUAUUCAAGAUGAGUUGUCAGACCACGGCUUUGAGAACGCCCCCGUCACCUUCCACCUAACCUCCAUUUACAACCAUUCUAUUUUCGAGGCUUUCAGCAAGGUUAUCCAAAAGCUCAUUCCUCGCCUUGGAACGCUGGAAUCCAUGCUUACCAACCUCUGCCGCACGUGCCGUUUCGAAAAGGCAUACCUCUUUGAUGUGCUUACAAAGAUCUAUAUCGCCACUGACAGCGCAACUGCCGAUAUGGCGAGCUACGAGAUCUGCAGUGAUUACAUCGAUGUCAUCAUUGAUAUAACUGAGGUUUAUGGUACGUGGCAGCGCAGUGAUGAAGGGCGGCGUCGGCUGGAGGGUGAACCGUGGAGCGCGCCUAUCGAUAAACAGAUUGGCUGCAACACUGCAGAAAGCUGUCUUGUCCUGCACGACGGAAACAAGCCCAUCAUGCUGCGUGAGGUGGAUCGUUACUUGGCCCUUGUUGCUAUUAUGAAGGAGGACUCGUACGAUAGCAUGCCCCUGGUUAACAUGAAUGUCGAGGCCGUUGUUGAGGGAUUGACCGAAUUCUUUAACAUCACUAAGCCCCGGCAGCAGUAACUCGACUGCCAUGACUGAAAGGGGGAGGGACUUCAUAUUUCUGUUCUACCUUGUAAAUUAUUUAAGCUAGCGUCCUUUUCAACACCUGUUUUUGAGAGUCCAU